AUGCCGCUUCAGUACGACAUCAUCACUAAAGGAACUGGCCCUUGUCCGAAAGCAGGUGAUUCCGUCACGGUGCGUGCCGCCGGUUUCUUCCCUGAUGGGCGCAUAUUUUGGCCGGCAAAAGGCGGGACCGAAUCCUUUUCAUUCCGCGUGGGUCUUGGACAUGUAAUUCGGGGUUGGGACGAGGCUGUGCUUCAAAUGCCUUUGGGAGAGAAGGCGAAGAUUGCCAUGACAAGCGAAUACGCCUACGGGACGAAAGGUUUUCCUGAGUGGGGUAUCGAGCCCGGCGCAUCGCUAGUGUUCGAAAUGGAACUCGUCGCAAUUAACUGA